AAAAUAUUGAGAUAAUCAAUUAAUAAUGAUAGCUGGAUAUUUGUAAAAUAAAUUAAUAGCAUAAUCGACCAUUUAGGAAGUGCAUGGAACUGAUAUGUUAGCGACUUUAGGUAUCAUAAAGAUUAAUAAUUAAAUAUAGAUAGAAGAACUUCAAAAUUUAAUAUGGGUGGAUAAUCUCAGUAAUAAUAGAAUCCAUUAGAUUUGGUUUAAAUUAGUAGUGCAUUACCUUAAAUUACAUUUUCGUAGUAAACUGAUUAAAGAUUGUAAAAUCUUUUAAAUAUAAACUACUAAUAAUUAAUAUCACAAUAAGCAAGUCCUCCAAACAUUGAUUUGAUUAAUUAAAUUAAGGUUUAUGAAAAUAAAUAUAAUAUUUUAGGAAUAAGCAAGAGUUGUUAGGAUUCAUUAUUAAACUUGA